AUGUUCUCCGUCGUCAUCCCAGGCCGUCCGUGCCUCACGGAUAUCAUCCCAGUCGACAGCCAACCAAACGGCCAAGCUACCAAGUUCGCAUUCAACAUCCCGCUCAACCCACCCUUCAGCGAACUAGUAGUCUUCUUCCUCCCCGGAACAGUCCUACCCCCGGGCACAGGCGCCGCCAUCUACGUCCAGACCCCGGACCCAAACACCGGAAACCCAACAGACUUCCGCUUCAUCGGCGCGCUAGCCAACGAAAAGCCCUCUGGCAUCUUCACCAUCAAGGCCCCCUCCACCAAUGGCACGCGCCGCUCAGAAGCCGAAGAAGAGGACGAGAUGCUUGAUGAGGGCGCAACCGGCCCAGCAGGCCCACCCAACGGCGUCGUAACAUUGGGUAUUUCAAUCGAGGCGGUUGAGAAUAUUGCUCCGCAGCUGUCCGCGCUGGAAGCUGAGGCUCCGCGCGAAUCUCGAUCCGAGUCUCAGUCCACCGCCAUGGUAAGGUUGUCUCCAGAACAGGCGCAGCAGAAGCAGUUGUCGACGAAAGUCCUUGCGCAGCGCAUUAUCGGCAGCGCAUUCAAUUUCCUGGCUAGUUUUGCUGAGUCGGAUCCUGCGAAGAAGGGCCAUGACGUGGUGCCACUUAAGAGCUUCCGAGACUGGUGGACGAAAUUUGAGAGGCGCAUUGAGAUGGAUCCUUCGUUUUUGGAACGGCAAGAUCCUAAUGCGGCGUGA